AUGUCUGUCAGUAACCUCGACUGUAUCGACUGUAGAAUCAGCGGUUUGAAAGAGACAGCACUGCACAGCACCGCGCGUCUUCACCAACGAAUGAAGAAACCAAUCCCCGGUCUUCUCUUUUCAGACGCCUCUUACAUCUUUGGCCAAAUGUUGUAUUUCGUCUUAACAGCACCUAUGCUGCUAGCGCGCCAUUUUAUGUGUGCUUUCACGAUUCCAUGGCUUUUGUCCUCCAUUCUUCUACUCAUGCCCUAUAUAUCAGGGUUCGUAUCAAAGAUCAGAUACAAGUUCAUAUCAAAGUUUAUAUCUAAGAAUAGUAGUAAUCCAGCGAGCAUACUGAGAUGGAGCGUAGAGGUAUUCCUAACUUACCGCCAGUGGCACCGGAAGUGUAUGGUGAAGGGUAUCCAUACGCUCCGGAAAACUGGCCGGAAACGGGUGAUAUUUGGAGGUGGAGAACUGGACGGAGAAUUGUCCGGAAGGGAUCGUUAUCUAUAUCUGCCAGAUCGGCUACUCCGCGCGUUGAAGGAGGAGAAGAAGCAGUCAGAGUCAGCACAGUCCUCGAGCAAGACCCGCCAGAAAUACAUCUUUGCGAGCAAAGUGGCGUUUAAAAAUUACAUAAAAACAUAUUUCCCUGGGACGGAUCCUGAGGCCGUUUUCUCUACCUUCUACUGGAAGAUUCCGGCUUUACCACCAGUGAACGAAGUGGCUAUACCUGCUAUACCUCUUCGUCAGAUACCACCUCAAGCAUUGCCUGCACCUGCUAUACCUCUCCUUCAGAUAGCACACGAAGCAUACAACUCCAACGGUGACAACGCGAUCAUGGAGGCUAUAAUUAUGUCAAGGAGACAGGUUGCAAAUGAGCUGCUAGCUCGAAUUGAUACGGCCCUUUACUGUGGAACUAAUCUUGAAGACAUCUCGAAGGAGGAUGACAGCGUCAUGGCUCAAUCUGUUGAUAAUGGCAAUGAUAAGAUGGAAAACACUUCUGGAAAUGUUGAAGCUCAUGAUCCCCAGCCCCCAUGGUUAACGGUGGAGGUUGAAGUGAAUCAAGUUAUUGAGAAUUUUAAUUCUCACGGACGUGAAUGCAGGGUGAUUGUGGAGAAGCUUCAAUCACAGAAAAGACAUAUUCAGAAAUUAUAUGAACAAUUAGAUUAUGAGAAAAAUGUAUUAGUUGGUGAUAAUUCAGCUUCUUCUUCAAAAGUAUCAAGGAUCUUAGAAAUAGAAGCACAGAUAAAAAGAGAGUGGGAUAGAUUUCACCAGACAAAAAAAUUAGCUAAUGAUUUUAAAGAUAAAAAAGCACGCACAAUUCUAACAUCAGCUUCUGCCAAUGAUAAGUGA